AUGGCGCCGCAAGUUCCUCAGCCUUUCGAAGAAGCCGCGAGCGAGCAAGACCCGCACUUCCAACCUGUAUCGCCGUUGCAGCAGAGAGCAAGCAUAAGCCUUAGCCAGGCGACAGAGCAACGGGAGCGGCAGUCCUCUGUCGGUAUAUCACGAAAGCCGGUCCGCUCAAGCACCGUUUCCUCAAUCGCCACGUUCGAAGCAACAAGUUCCAGUGGUGCCUCAGCUCUAGGUCGAGGAGGUCCUUCUGACUGGGAGCAUUUCGGACCUGGAGAGGAACCGAACGAGCCAGCGGCGCGGAGCUCCACAUCGGCAGCAAGACCUGUUUCACCUCAACAGCUUGAUAGCUACGAACUCCCUUCACAGUCAUCACCCCCUCUUGUGAUGAGAAAACAGCAGGAAUCUUCAGUCAUGAACCUACCGGAAGAGAGCUGGCCGAUGACGCCAGAACCAGCGCCGCUGAAUGUUUCUCGCCCUCCUUCAACGUUUCAGCAGAGUGCGUCUGCGCCUCCUCUUCACGACAGGUCUCAUCAGUACAGUCCAAGCAUUGUCUCGAUCGAGGCCCCAGAUACAGGAAGCAUACAAGUCCAAUCGCCACAGCCGCCACUCACAACGACAAAAUCCCCUUCGCCCAUCUCUAGUGCUAUACCCCAAGCAUUGGUAGCUGAGCCCGUGCAAUAUAUGCAGCAGCCACCUCAGCCAGCCGACCUGAUACCGGACCUUGAUCCGUGGUAUACCGGCUCGCUUGAGCGGUAUAUAGCGAUGCUUCGUCUUGAGGCGAACACGACUUCUGUGGAGGACAAGAUCCGGAUAUUUACCCUAUUCUUGAAAGCAGAGUCGCAAGUUAGGGGUAUUGAUCUUGCCGCGAUGUUCCCGCCCAUGCCUGCACCAGUGACUGUAACUGAAGUACCGCUACCGCAACCGGUGCAGGGAUCGGGGUUGUCAUCUGUGCCCAACACCACCCAAGACCUUCCGUACCGGCCCGCAUUGACCUCGCCAGUUGCUUCUUCGGACUAUGUCGUUGUUGAACAGAUGGCUCAAGAAGAGUAUAGUCCCGGUGGUAGGCCAACAAUCUCAAGCCGGCUGACGAAAGGACAGGCCGCGCAAUCGAUGACAGACAGGCAGUCGCCUCAGCCUGAGAGGAGCAUGCCUAUCACUGGGGAAAAGCCACUUGGUAGUGGCGAGCGUCGACAAGACCAAUCGAUCUCAACUGAAGUUACUUCAGCAAGCUCUCCAUACAAACCAUUCAGGGGUAGUACCGUGCCAGCCGUGAGCGAGCCUGCGGCCCAGUCCGUCAUCUUGACACCCACCACCAAUGCAUCAGGAGAAGACUUCCCAAGGGAUGGGCCCGAGCAAGAACACAGCACAGCACAGCCAGCGUACAGGCCCUACAUAGGCGGAUCUUCAGAGGACAUACCUCGGUUCGAAGCCGAACCAAGCGUUAUCAGGCCAUCUCCAAGCCACCUCACCUCCUCCAGCGCUCUACGGCGGAAAUACGAAGAGAUCUUUUUCGAGGAACCACCCGCUUCGAAUAGCUUCUUUGGCAGGCCAGCGCCUGAGCAAACAUCCAUGCCGGAACAGACGUCAGAUGCGAUAAGACCCUAUCCGUCGUCACCUAGCGUAACUCAGCGAGGCCCGCAGAAUCCUUUCCCAGCAGAUGAUCUCAUAACUGGUGGCCCCUUCGGGAUUCAAACCAGCCAGGAUCCCAUUAGUGCUGUUAGAGCUCCAUCGCCGGAACAUGCUCCCAUAACUGCGCCUUCACUUCACGAUUCUGUCACCAACAUACUCCUUGAGUCUCUUUCUUCCACCAUCGUACAGAACCUACCACCCCAUCCUCGCCUCAGCGUCAUCAGCGCAUCAGCCUCCCAGCUCACCUCAGACUACACCUACAUCGCGUCCCUGACCUCGACCUGGGAAGCCGGUGCCGCCCAACUCCGCUCCCGUCUCGGAUCCGAACGCCGCCAGCGCCUCGAAGAAACUGAAGCACGCAACGAAGAGCUCUACAACGACAACGAGAUCGACUACGCGGAGAUGAACCAGCUCGACGAGGAUUUCCGCACCCAGGAAGCGACACGUGAAGCCAGAGAAGCAAAAGCCGAGUACCAAAGCUACGUCGACGGCGUCUUCGGCGUUGUCUUUGACCGGCUACGGCAGGAGCUUGGCACCCUCGUGUCCCUGUCCGUAGAAGUCGAGGCCAUGCUCGCUGAGCAGGCCGUCGGCGGCAUCGUGGCGCUUUCGCGCGCAGAAGAAGGGAAAGAGGCGCCGCCGCCGACGACAGCGCAUGCCCUCGAGAUCCUGUUGCUGCUCAACCAGAAGAUCGAAGAACGCCACGCCAAGCUCGCAGCCGCGGUCGCGGAUCGCGACAGGCGCUACAAGCGGACCGAGGUCGCGCCGCUGUAUGCCGCGAAGAAGAUCGCGCAGAUGAAGCAGGCGGAGAGGCACUUUGAGCAGGUGGAGAAGCAGGCUGUGGUUAAAGCGACGGGCGAGAAGGAGUUGCGUGUUAGGAGACUUAUGGAGGUUGUGGAUGAGGCGGCCAGGAGGGGGGUGGGGGAUAACCAGGAUGAUGGCGAGAGGAUACUUGAGCUUGUGCGGGAGAUGGGUGAGCAGGAUGGAAGUGGGGCUGGCGCGGAAUGGAAGGAGGCGCUGGAGCAGGCGAGGCUGGUGGGAAGGGCGCUGGCGGAGUCGUCUAAGGCACUGAUGCGACAUUUUCAUACUGUGGAGGUGGAGACAAACAACGCGGAGUAUGCAUCUGAGGUUGCAAAGGCGAAGGCGGAGGGUGCGGACAACGAUGCGUUUGCCAGGCUGGAGACUCAGAAGACGGCGGAGGAUAAAAAGCUUGAGAAAGAAUUCCAGUCAAGGAUCAAGAUGAUCGAUGAAGACCUCAAAGACGCAGAGAAGGUGAUAUCAGAGAUGGAAGGGAUGAAAGGAAAUCACCGGAUGCUGAAGGCGUUGGAGGAUGCGAAGAGGAGGAAUGGUGAGAUCACCUGA